AUGAUUAAAAUCCACUGCUGUCAAAAUUAUACUGAAUUAAAUAUUUUAAAUGUCAUUCUUUUGAACGAAAAACACCUUUCCUACAGAUUUUCGGAAGGAACUCUUGUUGAGGAUGUUCUUAAUGAUGUUUGCACGUUCAUUAAGCUACAGGAGCGCGAUAUGUUUGGACUUGCUUUACCUACUGAUGAAGGAUGGCUGUUCGUUGAACCCAGCGAGUUUCUCCAUAAGGUAGUCAACAGUUACCUUACUCCUAUGACCAGAAUCACUGGAAUGGGUGUUUUCUUCUUACCACCAAACAAAUCGAAUUUUCGUCACCAACCUCCUUCACCAAUAACAUCAUCACAUCCAACUGUGUAUUUUCGCAUACGUUUUUAUGUUCCAAUUUACUGUUUAAAUGAACGUACAACACAACACUUUUAUUACAAACAAUUAAGGAAAAAUCAUAUUGCCUAUAAUUUAUUUUGUGAUCCGAAUGUCUACUUACAAUUAGCAGCAUUUGCAUUACAAGCUGAAGUAGGUAAUGCACCGAAAAAAUACAAUAUCGAAACUGCUGCACCCUACUUCCCACAAGAACUUUAUUAUCCUAGUAAAUUUACUGAAUCAUCGGAUAAAUCUGAUCUGGUUUACCAUACCUACAUACGUCAUUCAGCGCUUCGCAAUACUGUAGCCUAUUUGGCUGAAUUUCACUUUAGUCGUCUGGCAACUAAACUUAAUUCAGAUUUCAAUUUACACUUAUAUCCACUUAAGAAACUUUCUGAGAAAUGUCGUUUCUCUGUAUUGAUUGGUAUCAGUCCAAAUGGAUUCACCUUAUAUCAGGUAGGGAAUAGGUCGAAUCAGUGCCCAACAGUUUUGAAAGUGUUUCUUCUGUCACCGUAUGCUGUGAAGAAAUUGCACAAGAUGUCUCAUCUGGACUGUAAAGACAUUGGUGAAGUUUUACAUGACAAUGAAGAUGUCGUCACUCCAUGGGAAGUAUCAGCUAGCUCAGGCAGCGGUGUGGAUUAUGACAAACUUAUUACUCGUUUUGGUUGCUCGAAAAUCACCGAUGAUUUGCUUCUGCAACUCUCUAACGUUUGCCCACAACCACUUCACCACCUUUUGAAGCGUAAAAUCUUCUUUUCACAUAGGGACCUAGAACAGAUUAUUUUACGGAUUGAACAGAAAAAGCCAUUCUUCCUGUACACUGGAAGAGGCCCGUCGUCCGAAGCUUUACAUCUUGGACAUGUCGUUCCGUUCAUAAUAAAUAAGUGGCUACAGGACGUUUUUGAUGUUCCCCUCGUUAUCCAGUUGACUGACGACGAAAAGUUUCUAUGGAAAAACUUAUCCAUUUCAGAAGUUCGCCAUCUGUCUCGCGAAAAUGCAAAAGAUAUAAUUGCCAUGGGUUUCGACCCUAACAAAACAUUUAUUUUCAGCGAUUUUGAGUACAUGGGAGCAUGCCCAGAUUUCUAUCGAACUGUGUGUCAAAUACAACGCUUAGUUACUUAUAAUCAAGUUCGUGCAAUCUUUGGCUUUAAUGAUAGUGAUUGCAUUGGAAAAAUAUCUUUUCCAGCCGUGCAAGCAGCUCCUUCAUUUGCUCAGUCUUUCCCAUCUGUGUUUAAAAAUCUUAAGAAACCAGAGGAGGUGGGCUGUUUCAUCCCAUGUGCUAUUGAUCAAGAUCCAUACUUUAGAAUGACAAGAGAUGUUGCUCCUCGCCUUGGUCUGCCUAAACCAUCUCUUAUGUAUUCAGUAUUCUUUCCUGCCUUACAAGGAAAUCAUACAAAAAUGAGUGCGAGUAAUCCUAACACAUCAAUAUUUUUAACAGAUACACCAAAACAAAUAAAAAAUAAGAUCAAUAAAUAUGCUUAUUCUGGUGGUGGGGAUACAGUCGCUGAACAUAGAGAACGUGGCGGAAAUUGUGAUAUCGAUGUAUCUUUCCAGUACUUACGAUUCUUCCUAGAAGAUGAUAAUAAGUUAGAGCAAAUACGUCAGGAGUACUCGUGUGGCAAAAUGCUGACUGGUGAAUUGAAGAAGGAGCUAAUAACGCUUUUAACUGAAUUUGUUGGUGAGCACCAGAAGAGAAGAGCGGCAGUUACUGAUGAAGUUCUCGAUAAAUUUAUGACUCCUCAUCCAUUAAAUCUUCCUUUUAUAUGA